AUGAGGCAAUGGUUUCGGCUCGGCACCGAUGAAUUGUUGUUUGCAAAAGCCAGAGAGUUUCAGAGACGUUACUCCUUGAAUACCAACUGUUAUAAGAAUCACAUUCGAUUAGCAGCUGGAUAUUGCCACAUGCCUGUGAUUAUACUGCAGAAUCCAUGCAACAACCACACCAAAGAUUUCUAUGACAUGUUCACGCAAAAUUCUGCUUUGAAGAUCAUUCGAGACAUCCUCGAAGACAUUGGCCUGAACAUCGAUGACGUUCCCAUCUUGGACUUAUGUCCAAUGAUCAGCGACCAAUGGGCGCAGACUAGAGCUCAAAGUGGACACUCAAAAGAAGUUUUGCAAGCGAUAUAUGACGCGUACGACUUAACAACUCAAUACCUAGAGGUACUGCAACCCGCCACAGUCAUCGUCUUGCAGUGUGCUACCAACCAAUCCGCGGUGGGAAAACAUCCUUUUCUUGGGAACGUGAAUCAUCCGGUUGCUCAACGCCUAUGCUCCUCUAUGGAUGAGGCAAUGGGCAGAAAAUCCCGAGUCGAGCAGAUUGUUCAUCACCAGGUUCGCAUGGUGGCUGGCUUUCAUCCCAGUAGGAUCUGGCAUGAAUCAGAUCCUGCCUUGAGGAAGAUCCUUGCCACAACACUUCGUGAUAUAUUGUCUUCUGUUUAUGUACCGUACGCGCAACAAAUCGGUACGCCUUAA